AGCCAGGGCAGUUAAAGCGGUCUCAAACUGGGCUGUUAUUUCUGCAGUGCGGAUGCAGCAUUGUAACUCACAAGUUUCUGCUGGGAAAGGCAGCAAGGAAUAGGAUGACUAAUGUGCUUCGGGUGGGGCUGAAGGCAAGGGGCUGCCCUUCCAGAGUCCCGAAAACGAGGGGGAAAUAUGCCCGGAGCCAUAUAUAUAUAUAUAUAUAUAUAUAGGAGGAAGGUCUGGACUGGAGGGUCGGAAGAAGGCGGGAAAUGAACUUUUAUCUCCUCCUCAGAAAGCAACGUUCAGGGUGGGAUCUUUCUCUUUCUCUCUUUCUUUCCUGAGGCGAUUCCUGGCUUUUUCCUCCAAGGAACCCAGAGGCCUAGCUGCCAUUUCUGUCCUCCCCGGACUCCAUUCCCCCCCUCCGCCCCUUUCCUCCCUCCCUUUCUGGGGAGCCUUCAUCGCUUGGGGCCAUGAUCUCCCGCCGGAGCCCGACGCUUUUUGUCCUUUUCCCGCUCCUUUCCCUCAUUCGGGGUGAUUGUGGACCUCCACCAAAACUGAACAAUGCAAUUCCUGUAGACAAAGUUGAUGGGGAAAGCUUCCACCCAAAUCAGUCAGUAACUUACACAUGUCUGGAUGGCUUUUAUAACAUCUAUGGAAAACUAGAUAUUGUGACAUGCCUUCCAGAUUCACACUGGAGUUUCAUAGAGGAGUUUUGCGAACGCGUCUGCAGGAGACCACCAAGGUUCAAAUUUGCUAGAGCAAAGCCUGAAGAUAUUAAACCUUAUUCUCCUGCAAAGACCAGAGUGACCUAUGUCUGCCGCCCAGGUUAUGACACCAUCCCUGGAAUCAAUUCUGUUAUUACUUGUCUUGAGAAUUACACCUGGACAGCACUCCCAGUUUUUUGUGAAGGAAAAUCAUGUGGUGAUCCAGGAAAACCAGAACAUGGUGAAGUUGUUGUUCCAACUAAUCUCCUGUAUUUGGCCAAAGUAAAUUUCAUUUGUGAGGAAGGGUACAGAUUAAUGGGACUGUCUUCUAUCCAGUGUAUGCUGAAGGGAGACAGAGUUGAAUGGCAAGCAAAGCCUCCAGAAUGCCAACAAAUAAUUUGUAUAUCUCCUCCUAAUGUCACCAAUGCAUCACACGAUGGAAAAAGGAUUGGAAAUUUUACCUAUAACUCAACAGUAAUGUAUCACUGUGAUCAUGGCUUUUUGAUGGUUGGAGAGGCUUCUAUUCGUUGUAUUACUGAAGAUAAUUUAACUGGAGUCUGGAGAGCGUCUGUUCCUGAAUGUAAAGCCAUUCCUACGUUUACCACACCAGUACUCCUUACUAAAGAACCAACUGAAAAAGAAAACAACUUCACAGGAGCUAACUACAGCACCAUGCUAACCAGCCCUAUAGAACAACAAGGGCUACAACUUGGAAUCAUCAUUGCUAUCUCCAUUCUUGUUCUGGUUGUUCUUACCACUGCUGUCAUUGCUGUCACUACUCUAGGGCAAAAAAAAGGGAUCUUACGAUGUGAACGAAGAAACAAAAAAGUCAGUGGUUUUAUGAAAUAUGGUUUGCAAGUACGAAACAGCACACACUUUAUUUAGGCCUUGAAAGGAUGAAUAUAUGAAAUUUACUAAAUCUAAGCUCAUUUGGGCAUUUUUAGAAUUUGUUUAAUCAGAACCCAUCUCGAAGCUUUCCCACUCCUGGAUGUGGGACCUAUCUGUUUCUGUCUAUGCAAGAUGAAUGUUUAUAUGGAAAAGUUUGGGAGGAAGAGAAAGCAAAGUUUUUUCACAUGUUGUGUUUGCAUUAACAUCUGAUCAACCGUCCGAUCAUUUCACCGACAAAGACAAAAGGAUACUAUAACAUUUAUAUUAAAGUGGAAGUGGCUUGAAUAAUAGUUCUUAGGAGCUCAAGGUGUGGUCAUUGUAUUCUUGUGGUACCAAGAAGAAAAUGUUUAUCUGGGACACUUUGGCAGAGAAGCAAGCCAAGUAACAUUUUUCUACUGACAUGUUUGUAUUAGCAUCCCAUCAACCUCAUAAUUAUAUAAAAGUCUAAGACACAAUGUAAUUCAACAUUUUUGUUCUAGUAGAAAGAAUUUCUGAGCUGACUACAGUACUUCUAGUUUACCAUUAGGCAGAGUAUGAUGCCUGCCUUAGCAAUGCUGUUCAAGUGGCACCAAGCAGUGGUAAUGUGUCAACACCCUGUUGCCUGUCCUGUGUUACCUGUGGCCAUUUGGUGUUCUGUUCUGACUGUCAGCACUGUUGAGGUUAAUUUCAGCUGUGAUCAACCUAUGUGGUAAUCUGUGGUAACCUAUGAGGGGGUACUUUCCAGACUUUGCCUCAGGCAGCAGAAUGUCUUGGGCUGUAUUGGUAUACUGCCAUUGUUGUUUUUUAAAGAACAAAACAAAAUUAGUAUUUCAGUUGUAGAUAUCUGCUGAUUAGGAUUUUCUUUGAAAGAGGUUGAUUUGUUCACCGUCAAUAGGUCUCUGA